AUGUCUUCCUGGGAUGCGCGUGGAGGAAGCGGUUGGUGUAUGCCCGACCACCCUUGGCCAAAGGCAUUUAUCGAGAAGCAGAGCUUGGAGUGGCUUCUUGAGGUACACAACAACAUUUAUCGCGACAUACAGAGGGAUCCCUUCUAUGAGGAUAACGCGGCAUUACGGGGUUCGGCUAGCAUCAUUGAAGAGCAUCUUAGGGCGCACGGCGCGGUGAUGCUCGGAGAAGGCGGAGGGGCUGGAAGUCUCAACAUCCAGAUGUCAGCGCCAGCGCCAGUCCAAACACAGAUGCAAGUUCAGCAGCCGCCUCAGCAAAAUGUCAUUGUUCAUCAGCAAGUACAACAGCCGCCCGCGCAACAGCCCGCACAGCAGAAUGUCAUCUACCACCAUCAAGUACAACAGCCGCCCGUGCAACUGCCAGCACAGCAGAAUGUCAUCUACCACCAGCAAGUACAGCCGCAGCCGCAGCCGCAGCAGAACGUGGUUUACCAGCAACUACAACAACCUCAGGUGCUCAGCAUUCCUGCUCCUGUUGCCACACUGACUAUGACAUCUACGCCGGUGCAGGGUUUGGUGAUUGGGAGGAUUCGAUCUCCACGCAUCGGGGAAUGUUUCCUUCACAAUGAUCGCACUCUCUACGUCAAGUUAUGA